GUUUCGAGAUGCGCAUCUGGAUAGUUCUUCUCAGCGUUGGCCUGGCAUGCGGCCAGUUCAGCGUGAAUCAGUGGUCCGGAAGGUCCGGGAUAGUGCACCUGUUCGAGUGGAAGUGGACCGACAUAGCGGAUGAGUGCGAGCGGUUCCUGGCUCCGAUGGGCUUCGGCGGAGUUCAGCUAUCGCCGGCGACCGAGCACGCCCUCGUGCUGGACCCGUACCGGCCUUGGUGGGAGCGGUACCAGCCGAUUUCGUACUAUUUGAACACCCGGUCUGGAACUGAAGCCGAGUUUGCCCAGAUGGUUCAGCGGUGUAACGAUGUGGGGGUGCGGAUCUACGCGGAUGUUGUGCUGAAUCAGAUGGCCUCGAUGACGGAGUACGGCGGUACUGGAGGUUCCGCAGCUAGUAGCGCUACGUUGAACUACCCAGCGGUUCCGUACAAUGCGUCGGACUUUAACCGAGAGUGUUUGGUGACUGAAAAGAGUAAUCCGAUUGAACGGAGAGAUUGCAGGGUGCUUGGCUUGCCGGAUUUGAACCAGGGUUCUGAGCGGGUGCGGGAACGGAUCACGCAUCUGCUGAACAAGAUGAUCACGUACGGAGUUGCUGGUUUUCGGGUCGAUGCUGCGCAGCACAUGUGGCCCAAAGAGCUGCAGCAGAUCUACAGCAAGCUGUACUUUUUGGCUAUGGAACAUGGGUUUCCGGCGGGAUCUAGACCGUUCAUCAACCAGGUCGUGGUGGAUAUGACCGCUACUGGGGUGUCCAAGUACGAGUACACCAGCUAUGGCACGAUCACGGAGUUCCGCUACUCGGACACGCUGGGAUCGAUCUUCAGUGGUCAGCAGAGGUUGACGGCCCUACGUAAUUGGGGUCCGGCUUGGGGAUUCCCAGAAUCCGAGCGCACGCUCGUAUUCGUGGACAACUUUGUCAACCAGCGUGGCCAUGGUCCCGGCAAGGGCAACGUACUGACCUACAAGGACGGCAAGCACUACAUCAUGGCGAACGCAUUCAUGCUGGCUCACACGUACGGAGUUCCGCUGCUGAUGAGUUCGUACGCGUUCAACAACGCCGACCAGGGACCACCGUCUGAUGUCUACAACAAGAUCCUGUCGCCAACCGUCAACGCGGACGGAUCAUGCGGCAACGGAUGGAUCUGCGAGCACCGGUGGAACGCCAUCGCCAACAUGAUCGGCUUCCGGAACGCCGUCGCCGGCACGGAAAUCGCCGCCUGGGUGGACAACGGCUCGUACCAGCUGGCGUUCUGCCGCGGUUCGCGCGGGUUCAUAGCCUUCAACCUGGACUCGAUGGACCUCGACCAAACCAUGCAGACGUGUCUACCCGCCGGGCAGUACUGUGACGUCAUAUCCGGCCGACUCAGCAAUGGGACCUGCACGGGGUACACGGUGGAGGUAGCGUCCGACGGCCUCGCCAGGAUCUUCAUCGCUUCGCUCGGCGGCUACGGAGUCCUGGCGAUUCACGUGAAUGCUAGAAUAUAAUCUUCUACGUAAUUUAUAAAUAAACUGAAAAAAUCUUCCU